AGCUGGUUGGACUUGACUGAGUGUUGUCCCAUACCGUUUUAUUAAGGAGCUGUUUCCCCUGUUUUGGCGAUUCUGCUUCUUCCGCCAAUCCCUUGGUGGUGAUUUGGGUUUCCGGCUCGUGGCAAACAGCCGUGGCUUGGAUUUCAGGGUCCCUGGCACCUCGCACUGAGCUCUCCAGGAAUUAAAAAGUAUAAUGUCUUCUGUGGUGAUGCAAUGUCUUCUGUUCCUUGCACCAAAUCUCACAAAAGCCCCAAGCUGGACUGGUCUUCAGUGUCUGCCCUGAGGAUAAUCAUCAUGAGGGGACCACAAUUAGGGAGAAACCACCAGUUGGGCACUUUCUACCAAUGCUCUGUGUUGUGCUGCAGAAGCAGGGGGAGGGACCUGCCAGGCAGAAUAAUGGCUCACAAAUAUCACCACAUAUUAAUGAUCACAGGUUGUGGGUAUGUGACCUUAUCUGGCAAAAGGGACUUUGCAGAUAUGAUUAAGGCUAAUAAGCCGGGAUCUACUGUAUCUACUGAUUAACUAUGGAAGACUAUACCAAACUAGAGAAAGUUGGAGAAGAUACCUAUGGAGUUGUGUAUAAGGGUGGACACAAAACUACAGGUCAGGUGGUAGCCAUGAAGAAAACCAGACUAGAAAGUGAAGUAGAAGGGGUUUCUAAUACUGUAAUUUGGGAAGUUUCUCUAUUAAAAGAACUGCAUCAUCCAAAUAUAGUCAGUCUUCAAGAUGUGCUUAUGCAAGAUUCCAGGCUAUAUCUCAUCUUUGAAUUCCUUUCCAUGGAUCUCAAGAAAUAGACUCCAUCCCUCUUGGUCCAUUAAUGGAAUCUUCACUUGUGAAGAGUUG